AUGCCACGAAUCGCCAAUCGCUUCAGGAGUUUAGGUCCGACACGCCUGAGCCUGGCGGCCGUAACAUGCCGCGCCUAUGAUGAGGCGAUGAUCGACGGCGUUCAAGCCGUCAUGAACGCCUCCGAGCGACUCACCGACCUGUCACUAAUGUGUCUGCGGAGCAUGUGUGGUCGAUGCUGCCUUGGCCGUUGGGUGACACAGACACCAACCAUUGGGCGCCACGGCCAGCCUUGUUUGCGCGGGCCAAGCCACUCCCACGCGGACGGUUUCGCCAGAAUUGUGGCUCCUGCCGGGCUGCAGCUCGUAAUGGAUGUUCUCGUGACGCCACACCAGUCAGAUGUAGGCGACCGAGAAGAGGUGGCAAAGCCGGGCGACACUGAUACUCCCGUCUGGCCCGGACAGCAAGAAGAGGCGGCGUGGACUUGA